UAGCGGUCUCGGCCUCAACAACUUGCUGGGGCCGCGGGGAUGACAGUCCAUCUACGCUGUCGUACAGAACUCGUGCAAAGGGUUCGAAUACGCGUAUGGCGGCUUCGGUCUCGAACUCGUAGCAACUUUACAGAGGAUUGAAGUUGGGAAGAGAAAGCCGACUUGAUUGGAACGUCGGCAGAAAUUAUUUUGGAGGACGAGUGAAGCGUUGAGGGAGAUCUUUGCUGGACAGAGUAGUGAAUAGCCAACAGUAGAGGUUGCAGAAAUUAGAAAUUUCUCACUCCUGCUUGCUUGUUCAGUCCAUGGAGUCCUGACGCGGUUUCUCUGUGCUCAGUUUUAUACUUGUGAAAAUUAUUUAGAACAUCGAUACCAAUAUCUCGCCUGAGCUGUGUGCAACUCACAGUAUUUUGAGAGAUAAAAUCACUACAGUAUUGUGGAAAUCGUACCUGCGCUGAUCGCGAACCCACACUGGACCUACACUAAAUGGGAGGCGGCAGUUUCCUGCGGCCACCACUGAGCUGAGAGUAGUAGUAGUGUGCGACCGUUGUGUUUGUCGGAUCAAUCUGUGUUCCGCCGGAGCUCCGCCGCUGAUGCAGAGACUCCGACGGAGUGGCCAUCCUGCAGCUGUGUCUGUCACAGCUGUUCCCCUCAGCUGGAGAAUGCCCGCAGCCUGCAAGAGUAGUAGACAGAGCAGGAUCGAAGCAACACGCAGGAGGUCAUCUACGUCGGCGGUGAUCUACCCCAAGCCGAAACGAAGGAGAUUGCCAAGAGUUGAGUGGAGGUGUUGAACGGUGCUUGAACUGUUCGUUCACUUCGAAAACCGAGUGGAAGCCAUUUGCCAGCUUUCAGUUGAUCUAGUCCGGCCCGCGACUGACCUUCGACCUGGACUGUCGUACCGAAGUCAUUCUACUUCCGGUGCUUAUUGGAGAGGUCCCAUACGGCUUGGAAGUGUGACAGCGCCAGCAUAGCAGUUCUUGGGAACACGGGCCAGUCAUGGGAAAGGUGCCUGCUGCGCGCCCACGACAAAUCCUUUCCACGCUGUUUAUUCUGGCCCUUUUCACAUCGGUACAGCAAGUGUACUGCCAGUGUUAUCCUGACGAGGCAGCUGCCUGUCACAAGAACGCCGUGUGCCGGCCCCCCGUCACCGCGGCCACACCCGAUCCCGUCAGUGUGACGGCUGUCGAUGGCGAUAGUGCUGGCGGUGGUGAGGCUCGUGAGGGCGAUGCCAACGACGACAACAGGGGUGAAAACGAGGGCGAUGCCGGUAGUGACCCGGGCGGCAGCGUCCAGUGUGUGUGCAAACCCGGGUUUACCGGCAACGGGACGGAAUGUGAUGAUGAUAACGAAUGCAUGGACGGUAAUCAUCGCUGCCGCCUUCCUGCCGAGUGUACGAACAAGGAGGGCGGCUACUCGUGCGAGUGUCCUGUGAAUCAUAUCAAGCACAGCGAUGGCAAGGCAUGCCUGCACGUAGAGUCCAUUGUCAUGCUGACGCACAGUUCCAGCCCGGGCAUAGUCGACGUGGGCAUACACUCCACCGUCACCCUGGUCUGCAGGUUUCGAGCCGCCGUACUCGACACGGUCACCUGGGCCGGUCCCCUACAGUCGCUCGAGGCCUCCGAUGCGACGGUCGUAUCAGAACGGAUGUCGGGCAACAUCUUCGGCAGCAACCUGACGCUGACGUCCGUCGCCAGUAUCGACACCGGCGUGUAUAGCUGCACUGCUAGCAACAAGGCCACGCAGGCCACGCACAGCAUGCAUCUCCGCGUCAUCACGAACCUGAUCGUCUCCACGGCCGUUCCCGAGUUCACGACCGAUCAGGGCGACUCGCGGCAGACGGACCUGCUCUCCGAUUGGACGGUGAUCAUCGUUGCCUCGGGGACUGCCGCCCUUGUCUUCGCCGCCGUCAUUCUCUACUUGGCCACGCGCGUCAAGAGCGACAAGCCACCCGUCACAGCAGCAGGAGGCCCACGGCGUGCGGUCGCGCCGCAUGACUACCCGUACGACGGCAGCUCGAUACGCGGCCCUCGUUCCGCGGGAGGCUCGCGCACUCCGGCCCAGGGGGUUCUCUCGCGGGGCUUCAACCGCGUCCUCAAGUCGAUGGAGAGCAUCUCGUCGACGACGGCGCGGUUCGCCAUCAUCCAGCGUCACCCGGAACAUGCCUGGCCCGGCAUGUUUGACAACUGCAUCGCUAUGGACCCGGCGCCCUGCGUUGGGGGCAGCGACAUCGCGCUCAACAAGGGCUGGUGCGACGAGACCGGAUACCUGAUGUCCAACGGCAGCAAUCGCUCGCUGAACAGCAGCUGCAAUGUCAGCCCCGUCUCCAGCUGUCAUAUGCAGCUGGGCAGUGGUGGCGAGGGAGACGGCGAUGACAUUUACGACAGCGAGUAUCUGACGGUGAAGCGGGCCAACGACUCGCGCCGCUGCUCCGAGUCCGACAGCGUCCGCUCGUCGAUGGACUUCACUAGUGAUGUCCUCUACAACUCCAUGAGCAGUCAACUGUCGGCGCUGGCACGCUCCUCCUCCAGUCCGCACACCGGUGCUGCCGAGAUCGUGCAGGUAGGCCUGCCAAACGCCGUCUGGAGACCAAGCGGCGGGUGUCCGCCUGGGCAUCAGCAGCAGCAGCGACAGGCUGGAGUAUCGCCGUCGGAAUCCCUGCAGAGCUGCUCUCUACUUAAUGCUGACGGCAGUGCAGCAAGCCCUGAUAUACAAGCAGAUCAUCAGAUGACGUUGCUCCGGCAGCACCAGGACCCGCCACACCACCGCAACAUGAGCACGCUGGCGGCACAUGACCAGUCGGCACAGUCGAGAAUCUCCGCGUCGCAAUGUCCUCUUUCCUCGCCACCCAUGUGCCCGAGGAAUUUCCUGCGCGGUUCUGCGAGCGGCGGUUCUGGCGGCGCGGCAGCUUAUAAUCCAGAUCUGGGCAGCCCGCUGGGUAGCCCGGCGGGCAGCCCGCACGGCAGCCUGCACUCCGACGUGGACACCGGGCCCGGAUCGGCACCGUCCCGACCCGCCAGUCCCCGCACCAAUGAGCAGACUCUGCUCGGCAGUCUGGGCACGCGCUACAGCGGACAGAUUCCCCCGCCGCCACCCGGCUCUCCGCCACCACUAGAGCAUGCACCGUCGUCGGGCAGACAGAGUUCAGGCGGCGUCAAGAAGGAGCAGGCCGCAGCCAGGUACUCAGUCGGGCUGGGACGUUGGCCAUCGCCAGACAAACACCAUCACCCGCCACCACCACCAGAAGCAGGAGUGCGAAAUGAGCAGGCGAAUAGCGGCGCCUCCGUCGUGGACAGGGAUCAGACGGAGGAAGCCGCCCCAGCGCCACCCACGAGAACAUACUCUCACAAGCGCCGCGCCAACAGGACAACGUCCCAUCAUGCAAAGACGUUCGGACGACACGCGGACAUCGAGGGUGUCGGGGUCAAGCACAGCCAGUCGCUUGAGAAGACCAUACCCCCACCACCACCUUUCAGUCCGCCAGCAGAGAGUGAAGAGGGCGAGCCAUACUUGUCGGGUCAGAAUGCGAACGACCAGCUGCGAAAGAAGGAUGGAAUGCACGAGAAAUCCACUGACGGCCAUUCCAUAGCUUGGAACACUUUGUCGAGUGCGGCGGCAACGACGAGUGACAUCGGCGGUGCCACUUCCGCAGUGAUGGCAGUCGAUGAAGACGACUACGGCAUGCUGUACAGCACCAGCGAGCUGGUGGGUAUGGGAUUCACGGACAAAGCACCGCCGCCGCCACCGUUGAUGCAACCUAUCGGCGGUGGCGGUGGAAAGCAUGCUCCGCUGCCACCACCGCCGCUGCCACCUGCCUCCUAUCCGACAGCACGUCAGCAGGACAGCCUGGGCUCGGGAAAGAGUGCCGCGAGCGCUGCUGGCUUGGCGAGAAUCAGCCUGCCCGGUGCAGUCGGCGAGAGUGCUUCGGCUGUCCACGGCAGCAUGGCGGCAGUCCUGCCCGACGACGACGACGAGGAGGGCGUGUACGGCAUGCUGUAUGGCACGGCCGUUGAGCCAGCGCCCACGGCCAAGGCGAGGCGCGCCGAACUACGCAGCACCUUCUCGGUCGCCGAGACGUUCGGCAGCAGUAGUACGAAACUACCGAGUACCGGUGGCUGCGGGGCAGACGCAGAGCGCUGUUACCCGCACACGGCCGCUGCUGGCGCCAGUGUUCCCCCUACUUCGUCGCCAUCUCUCUCACCGCUGAGGAUGGGUGGUGGUGAUUUCGACAGCGGUGGUGGUGGCGGCGAAGACCAUUACAAUAUCUUAAAUCGAGAUCCCCCCGCUGGCAAGGCCGGUGCCAACAGACCCCCACUCUCACCACCCCCACCGUCCGCCCACGCCAGAGUACAUCCUUCGCCACCGCCAGUAGCCAGGGCCAGUCGAGCAUUCUUCCCCGGUGGCCAUGCGUCGUCCCCGACGAAGGUGACCCGUGGCGUUGCCGACGGCAACCAACGCCAGCAGCGCCCCCAGCCAACGGCGAAGAGCAACACCGCAUCGGCAUUGUCGUCGUCAGGCGUACGCUGCAACGGCGGUGGUGGUUUUGGUGGUGGGGUGGAGAACGCCUGGCACAACACCGCGUCCACGCUGCACCACAGCCCUGCGUUCCGAGAGACCGCGUCCUCCGCCAUGGCAACGUACGCCAAGCCGCCCGUGCGCACGGAUCGUCGCAGUAGCGCCUGGGAUAGAGAGCAGGUGGACAGCUUCGACUCGCAGCCAACGGCAGCGGUGGCUGGCUGGAUGCUGGACGACGAUGAGGAGGUCAUCGACGACAUGGACAUGGGCUUUUGA